CAGCUGUUGACAUCCUCAUUCAGCUACCAUUACUAUUACGGUUGCUCUCUGUUUGUUGUUGCUUUUUUCUAAGUUGAUUAAUUAAAAUGCGAAAAAGGGUCACAUACAUCCAACGUCCAGAUGCCCCAUAUGAACGAGACCAAACCGUCCUGAAGACGGACACCCUGUCCGUCCGCGACUUGGACGCUGUCCGCGAAGAACGGGUUACGUUCAGCAUUGAGGAGCUUCCAGCUAAGCUCUCGAACGUCCUCGAACGAUGCUACGAGUUGCAUUUCCGAUGGGCCACGGAGAGCGUGUAUGAUACGCUCCCGCCGUUCUCGAGCAGGGUUUCGCCUGGGUUGAAUGUUCAUUUUACGCCGGUUAGGGGGGAUAUAUUUACGGAGAAUUUGUGCCCCUUGAUCAAGGAAGCGUUUGGGGGUGAGAUUGAUUGUUUGGUUCCCGAGAUCUCCUUUACGACAUCUCCUAUCCUAUCGGACCGGUUUGCUUCUACACCAACCUAUCAGUUUUACCUGUCUCUUCCGUCGUUAGAGAAUCUGGUGGCCUUCAUCCAGAAUGAUAUUUGUGGGAAACUGGAUGAAGGAUGUCGAACACAGCCUUCGUCGAUUCGUACCGCCGACUCGUUAGAUAUCGACUACGAUAGUAUCUCGCAUGCUCUGACUAUUACAGGAUACUGGUCAAAGCCGCCUAAUGGAGGAUGGACGGAAGAAAUUCCGAAACAUCCUGAUGGGACAGGACGGGUCGAGGUUGGAUUACUGAGUACCGAUAAGGCUACUGAGUUUGAAGAAUUGAAAGUGGGUGGUUUGUUGGCUGUUGUAGGGGAGGAUGAGAGGAUGAAGUCUACAAUGUUCUCAUUCCCUUCUCGACAUCAUCCGCUGCCGUAUGAUGCGACUUAUAUGGUUUCAUUCGAGCCCCCAACGGGUCUCCAUCCAACCAUGACCAUAUCCAUGCCCCUUGCCUCUCUACAGCGGCCACCAGCAGACCCAGAGGCAACAUGUGCCCUUCACACCUACCUCACACUUCCAUCGUUUAUAUUCGCAGAUAAAUACCAGCUCUCCACGACAGACCCCCUCUUUCUACAAUCGCACAAUCUUGUUGCCCUCCGCGCCGUAUCCGGCGAGACAGACCUCGAGGCCCCAGAUUGGGUUGUUCACCGUUGGGGCUCCACGUGGUUACUACAACUAGCCACCCCAAGCAGUCCCGUCGAGCCCAGUUCAGACUGGAAUAUCACCAUCCCUCUACACCUCCGAUACCUCCAGCCUUCCGAGACUGGGCACCGCUCUAUUUCCGUGCCAUGGCCUGUCGUGUUCUGGGCCUGCACGGCCGAAGAAGGCACCAAGAUGGGAGUGAACCCCUUUGACCGUGUGAAUCUGGGGUGGGAUGGGCUCUUUGGUCCUAGGACUAUGUUCUACCAGUUACAUCCUUCUCCUGUCUCUGGUGCCGAGUCUCCUCGACUGGUUGAGGAGAUAGAGGUUCCGACACUUCGGGUUCAGGGUCAUUGGGGCAUGUUCGGGGCUAGGUCUGUGGAGGUUGGGACUGUUGCUGUUAUUCUACUUGGAACGAUGUGGAUUUUAUGGAAGUUGGGUUUGGUGGUGCGUACGCAUGGGUUUGGGGGGAGGAGAGAGGGAACGCAGAAGCAGGGGAAGGAGGAGUGAUCUCCAUAGACACUGGAAAAGAUUUCUAAUUGUCCUUGUGCGAUGUUAUGUCCCAUCCCCAUGGGUUAAUGAUUACCAUAUUUAUCCGUCUAUUUUUGUUCCACUUGCCCGCCGAUUCCCAAUUUCGAGUCUGACUGACAUCAGAGCAGCGCAUUUGCCACCAGGCACUUCCUGAUAUCUCUGCAUCAACUGGUCUCUGUGUCUUCGAAAUGCCAAUCGACAAGAGCAGGAAUGCAACAAUGCAACUAUCGCAAGACUUUUCCCACAGCAAUAAGAAUUCUGGUGCCG